UUGUCGGUUUGCAUAACAGACGUGGUGAUAUUGCUCACUCGAGAUUUAGCUAAACAAGAGCACGCAGUUGCAACCGUACAUUACUUGAGAAAAGUCUUGAUUUCUUCAAAGCUUUAUAUAGCUGCAACAGCAAAGAAAACCUGCCGGUUAGUAUUACAUGAGUUUUCAAGCGACAUAUUUUAUUUAACAAAUUCGUCGACAGAAGUGGAUAUGGCAACUUUGACACUGUGCAAUCACACUAUAGCAAGCGUCGGCACAUUUUCGUGGUGGAUUGGGUAUAUGACGGGUGGAGAGACUGUCUAUUACAAAGGAUGGCCCAGAAAAAGUUCUUCAUUAGCAUCCAAAUUUGUUCCAGCCGAUUACUUCCCUUCCUCUUGGAUUGGAAUGUUGGAUUCCUCGAGUGCGCAAGAUGGUGUAGCUGUACAUCUGAAUUUGCUGUAA